GUGGAGCCCGGUCAAGCCCCCGGGUGGACCGUGGAGGCCGGCCGACCCAGGUUCACCCAGGCCCCAGGAGGGAGCUGUUACCCAGGCCCGGAGCAGAUCAGGGGCAGGGAGGGUAGCAGGCUGGAGGGUGCUACCCAGCUGGAGGUUGCCCGGGCGGGGAGCAUUAGGACAACGUGUCCGCGCUCCGGAGCUCUUCCCUGGAGAUCAGAGAAGAAGGGAUCAGAAUCAGAAGAAGGGAUCAGAAUCCUACGGGAACAACUGGAUACUGCACAGAAGGAGCUGAAGCUGAAGGAUAAGGAGUGUGAGCGUCUGUCGCAGGUCAGAGAUCAGCUGGAGCAGGAGCUGGAAGAGCUCACUGCCAGUCUAUUUGAGGAAGCUCACAAGAUGGUGCGUGAAGCCAACGUGAAACAAGCUGCAGCAGAGAAGCAGCUGAAGGAGGCUCAGGGCAAGAUUGAUGUCCUUCAGGCGGAGGUGUCCGCCCUGAAGACCAUGGUCCUGACAUCCACCCCGUCUUCCCCCAACCGCCAGGCCCACCCUCAGCUCCUCUCCCCGGGCACGAGGUCCAAGGGAGCCAGCCCCCGCCAUGGAGGAGGACACACGCGCAACAAGAGCGCCAGCUGGGCCUUGCCAUUGGCCCCUGGUGGGAACUUAGACCCGCCCUCUGUCUCCCUGCAGCCAGUCAGAGAGGACAAAGAGAUGGACAACGUGCUGUAUGCAGAGUUCCUGACCUGGAAAGACAGCCCUAGUCUGGACAGAACGUCAGCCUUCCGCCGUAUCUACAGAGAGGACAUCAGCCCCUGUCUCUCCUUCACCAAAUCUGAGUAUUUGUCUCAGUCGGUACAGAGUGCAGUGGAGAACAACUCUCUGACCAUCGAGCCGGUGGCCGUGUCCGCCGUACCCAUGGUCAAAGCCAACGCCAUAGAGUGUGGCGGGCCCAAUGGCCUGAGAGCAGCAGUAGAAACGAAGUGUGCGUUGAGCGGCAUGUCCCGGUCCUGUAAGCAUCGCAUCAAACUUGGAGACCGAGAGAGUUACUACUACAUCUCUCCCUCCAGCAGGMCACGGAUCACAGCUGUGUGUAAUUUCUUCACCUAUAUCCGUUACAUUCAGCAGGGCCUGGUCAGACAUGAUGCGGAGCAGAUGUUCUGGGAGGUGACACGUCUACGGCGGGAGAUGACUGUGGCCAAGUUGGGCUUCUACCUCACAGACACCGACCAGGGAUAGAAGACAGACAAGAGGAGACGUCAUCGUUAGACCUGGGUCAUGUUCAUUAGGGCACACCGUAGCAAAAAUGUUUGUUUUUUUGCUCGACGGACCAUGUUUUGCAAGCGCUUCGUAUUGGAUAAGUUCAGAUAUUACCACUCGUUUAGGGACGCUUUCUURCGUUUCAUGCCUACUGAACACGACCCCUGGGAUAGAAGGCAGGAGCUACAUGAUCACCAGUACCCUUUUUUACACUGUCCGGAUAACCCAACCCAGAAARAAAACUGGGCUGGUUUGGCUCAGUAGUGUGAAAAGUCCUCAGGUGGACACGCAGAACACAGAUCACGGAUUUUAUUGAGUAGGAGAGCGAUUUCAAGRGUGUCUAAGGGAAGCAGAAAUGACACCACUAGCUUUGCAAUUAGAUUAGCCURGUACAAAUCAGCCCGAUCUGGCGAGCUACACGGUAGCGAAAAAAAACCAUUGUAGCAAAACAGAAUGUAAGCUUGUGAGAUCAGUAUAGUUCGUACGAUGCUAACAGUUAGAGCUAGUUUAUAAAGUAAAUAGCUCUAUGACAAUAUUAUGACACUACUAACAAAGACAUGCAAUGGAUAGCAUCGUAUAUAUGGACAGUAGCGUAUGUGAUUAUCAAUCAAUAUAACCAUAGAAAUUCUGUUUAUUAUUAUGUAAAAUUGACAAGUGGUUACACAGCUGAUCUUAACCGGCACAGAUUGAAACUAUAUACGGAUGUGUCAUGCUGCCAACACUAAUAUGGGUUGAAUCCUAACUGGUUAAUCACACAGAUGUUUUACGUUGGAGUUCUGACCAAUAGAGAACUAUGCUGCUCACUUUUCAUUCUAACAGCUGUCCUAGUCUUACGUGUGGUCUCCUCUCACCUUAACAACCAGACUACGUACGUGUGGUCUCCUCUCACCUUAACAACCAGACUAGGUACGUGUGGUCUCCUCUCACCUUAACAACCAGACUACGUACGUGUGGUCUCCUCUCACCUUAACAACCAGACUACGUGUGGUCUCCUCUCACCUUAACAACCAGACUACGUACGUGUGGUCUCCUCACCUUAAACAACCAGACUACGUA